AUAAAAAAAAAUAUAAAAUGUAGUUCGUUUUGCGCUCCCAACUCCCUCUCCUCACUCAAUCACUCAUCUUCUCCCUCGAACGCUGAGACGGAUCCGGAGAGGGUGCUUCUCGAAUCUCGAAUCUCGUCCUCUUUAUUAACUCCUCCUCCUCUCCCCAUUUCUCCUUGUUUCGCUUCUAGAUCCCUCCUCGUUAUCCUCCCGUUCUGGCUUCUGCUUGCCCUAGUCCUGCGAAUCAGGAUUCGCAGUAGAUGACGUUAAUUUGUAGAAUAAAUUAGGGUCUGAGCAAACAGAUCUGGCAGUGUAAAUUUUGCUAUAGCUGAAGUCAAUAUGGCGAGAUCUCGGAUCUCAGAUGGAUCUUACUCUCUGAUCCUCUCUGCUUUGUUGUAUCUGCUCUUAAUCGUCUCUCCUGGCAAUGCCUUCUAUCUCCCUGGUAGUUAUAUGCACACAUACGCACAAGGCGAAACCAUUUGGGUCAAAGUCAACUCCCUUACUUCCAUCGAGACCGAGCUCCCUUUCAGUUACUACAGCCUCCCCUACUGCUGGCCGCAGGGCGGGAUCAAGAAGAGUGCUGAGAAUUUAGGGGAGCUUCUCAUGGGCGAUCAGAUUGAUAACUCUCCGUAUAGAUUUCGUGUUAAUGUUAGUGAGUCCCUCUACCUCUGCACCACAAACCCAUUAAAUGAGAAUGAAGUGAAGCUUUUGAAGCAGAGGACCCGUGAUCUUUAUCAGGUCAACAUGAUUCUCGACAACCUUCCUGUACUGCGGUUCACUGAGCAGAAUGGGCUUACAGUUCAGUGGACUGGGUUCCCUGUUGGGUACACUCCAGUUGGUAGUUCAGAAGAUUAUAUUAUCAACCACUUGAAGUUUAAGGUCUUGGUUCAUGAGUAUGAAGGAAGUAACGUGGAGAUUAUUAGCACGGGGGAAGAGGGCUUUGGAGUGAUCUCAGAUACCGAUAAGAAGAAGAUGUCGGGGUAUGAGAUUGUAGGGUUUGAAGUUGUCCCGUGCAGUGUGAAGCGGGACCCAGAAUCCAUGUUGAAGAAAAACAUGUAUGAUAAAAUUGAUUCUGUGAACUGCCCACUGGAGAUUGAGAAAUCUCAGAUGAUUCGCGAACGAGAAAGGAUCUCGUUUACUUAUGAAGUCGAGUUUGUGAAAAGCGAUAUCAGAUGGCCCUCACGGUGGGAUGCUUAUUUAAAAAUGGAGGGCUCAAAGGUCCAUUGGUUCUCGAUAAUGAAUUCUUUGAUGGUUAUCCUCUUCUUGGCGGGGAUUGUAUUUGUUAUAUUCCUAAGGACUGUUAGGAGAGAUCUAACUAAAUAUGAGGAGCUGGAUAAAGAAGCCCAAGCUCAGAUGAAUGAGGAGCUUUCAGGGUGGAAACUCGUUGUGGGCGAUGUAUUCAGAGAGCCUGCUUGCUCAAAGCUACUAUGCGUCAUGGUUGGGGAUGGAGUUCAGAUUUUGGGAAUGGGCAUAGUCGCAAUCAUCUUUGCUGCUCUAGGAUUCAUGUCUCCUGCCUCGAGAGGAAUGCUGUUGACAGGCAUGAUCAUUCUCUAUCUCUUCCUUGGUAUUGCAGCUGGAUAUGUUGGUGUUCGCCUCUACAGGACUAUAAAGGGUAGCUCUGAAGGAUGGAGGUCGCUUUCUUGGUCAAUUGCCUGCUUUUUCCCUGGAAUAAUAUUCGUAAUUCUCACCACACUAAAUUUUAUACUGUGGAAGAACAAGAGUACUGGGGCUUUACCCAUCUCACUCUUUUUCACUCUUCUGGCCCUUUGGUUCUGCAUCUCGGUGCCGCUUACCCUUUUUGGUGGGUUUCUGGGCACAAGGGCUGAACAUAUAGAAUUCCCAGUUCGUACUAAUCAGAUCCCAAGAGAAAUUCCUGAAGGGAAAUACCCAUCUUGGCUUCUUGUUCUUGGUGCUGGAACACUUCCCUUUGGCACCCUCUUCAUUGAGCUCUUCUUCAUUCUCUCUAGUAUAUGGCUUGGGAGGUUCUAUUAUGUGUUUGGAUUCCUACUUAUCGUUUUCCUAUUGCUUGUGAUUGUCUGUGCCGAAGUGUCGGUCGUUUUGACUUACAUGCAUCUCUGCGUGGAGGACUGGAAAUGGUGGUGGAAAGCUUUCUUUGCUUCUGGCUCGGUUGCCCUUUAUGUGCUCCUAUACUCGAUCAACUACCUGGUGUUUGACCUUAGAAGCUUGAGUGGGCCUGUUUCUGCUAUACUCUACCUUGGUUAUUCACUGAUCAUGGCUUUUGCUAUCAUGCUAUCGACCGGCACAAUCGGCUUUUUGAUGUCAUUUUCUUUUGUUUACUAUCUUUUCUCAUCCGUAAAGAUUGAUUGAAGGUACUCUUCUCCAUCUCUUGAUGCCAUAAGUUUAGUAAAUUAAUCUACUCCAGAGUCUACCUAUUAUUACAGCUGAAAUUUACCAUUAAUCAACCUGUACCUUUUCAUACUCUGUAUUCUUUUGUUGCAUUUCUCUCAGAUUCAUGCAUAAACUUUUGUAAUUCAGGCUUGCUGCUUAUGUGCUUUUAGCAAUAUUUAAUGUAGCUUCCAAGUUCUAUCAAUAUUCUGGAUUUAUGGUGGAGGUUGUUUCUUU